AUGGAGGCUUUCUCCACCACUAACCAAACACUCCAAAUCUCCGGCGAUGAAACGUCAAUGUUUAUCACAUACUCCAUUGCAGCCCACAAAGUCGUUGUCAUGGUCACUACCGGAAUUCUAGGAUUACUUCAGCUCAUAAACCAACAGUCAUCUGGUUUUGAAACACAUAAAGCAGCAUUCCUCUCUUUCUGCAUAUUCAUUUUGUUCUACGCCAUUCUUCGCGGCCGUGAAGCCAUUGACUGGCGGCUGCGUCCCGGUAUAGUGCCAAGGCUCGUGGGACACGCAAGCCAUCUAUUUGGAGGUCUAGCUGUUCUUGUGUUAGUCUCUGUAGUUUACGUGCCGUUUGCUUUAGUCCUUCUUCUCUGGUUUCUCUGGCUCUCCGUGGUGGUUUACGAUACUUUCAAUGCAUUCAUGAUCUACUCGGAGGCGAGCAUAUCCGGCUCUGAUUCACCACAACUACCGCCAGUGUAA